AUGGCACUGCUCUGCUACAUCAACGAGGAGACCCCGAUGCUUCCGUUACCUUGCUGUGCAAUUUUGUCGUCUCCUUGGGUCGACCUGAGCUCUAAGGCCAUUAAGAAUGUGCCCCUGAACCGCAAUUACAACACUGACUUUAUCAAACAGAAUUUCCUUGACUGGGGCCGGAAGGCCUUCACUCCUGAGGGGUGGGAUAGCAGUAACUCCUGGAUCACGUUCCUUGGAAACGAGACUCAACUGGAUGUCCCGGUCUUUGUCAAUACUGGUACAUCGGAAGUCCUUUAUGAUGAUAUUAUGAAGUUCGCAGAGAAUUUGAGGGAGAAGGGUAAUGAGGUUGAAGUGCUCGAAAGUCUUAACGCAGCCCAUGUUCCUUACCGACUGGGUAAGAAUUGGAACAUGGAAGAAGCUCAGGCUAUUUGCUUGAAAACCAUGACUAAAUUCCUCGAGAAAACCGGUGUUUAA